AUGGCCCAGCAACAGACGAGGAACAAGGAGGUGAUCUUUGCCUCCAGGCCCAAGGACAGGCCCACAGAGAACAACUUUAGACUCCAGGACUGCGACUACCCCAGGCUCACCAAGGAUGGCCAGGCACAUGCUCCUCCCAUGCACACCAUUAUUGUCGGUUCACACUUUAAGCUUAUGACUGAGGUGAACUCGUACACCAAGCCUUAUGAGGAGGGCCAGCCCAUGUACGGCGACACCAUCGCCAAGGUUAUUGACUCAAGGAACAACAACUUCAACAAAGGGGACUAUGUCAUGGGCAUGCUCAAUUGGAGGCUCUUUGAUGUGAUCAGCCCAGAGAUGUUCAAGCCGCGUUUUGUGCAGAAGCUCGACACCAAAGGCCUUCCCCUGGAUGUCAACCUGGGCCUCUUGGGCAUGACUGGCUGGACCGCCUACUUUGGGCUGAACCACAAGGGGAAGCCCAAGCAGGGCGAAACGGUGGUGGUGAGUGCCGCCACUGGCGCGGUCGGCAUGGUUGUAGGCCAGUUGGCCAAAAUCAAGGGCUGCCGUGUCAUUGGCAUUGCUGGCGGAACUGAGAAAGUUCGUGUCGUCAAGGAGGAGUAUGGCUUCGAUGACUGCGUCGACUACAAGAAGGCCGGAGACCGUCUGAGCGACGAACUCAAGCGCGCAUGCCCCGAAGGAAUCGAUCUCUUCUGGGACGGAGUUGGUGGCCCCACCCUGGACGCCGUUCUUGAGAACCUUAAGGUCGGAGGCCGCGUGGUCAGCUGCGGUUGUAUCAGUUCGUACAACAACCCGCAACCGAUCUACAAGAACUGGCUGUUUGUAGCCAAAAGAGGCCUCCUGGUGUACGACUACUUUGACAGGGUGGAAGAAGCCAGAACUGAGUUGGCCAGGCUCUACAAGGAAGGCCACAUCAAGUACAAGACGACCAUCAGUCAUGGCCUGGAAGAAUCCGUGCCCACCUUGCUGGGCCUGUUCGAAGGCAAGAACGUCGGCAAAGCGAUUGUGGAGAUCUGCAAGGACACCCCGAGCGGAGCCGCAGGGCUGUAA